AUGCAGUGUUGGACCGCGGACGGGGCCGGGACGGGGCCGAACCGGACUAUGACUUUCGGGCGGCCAGGGGGGCCCGCGGGUGUAGGACCCGGCGGUCGAGUUGGAAGGGGUCCUGCCGGAGUCACGGCCCCCCCGGGGAUGGACAGCAUGGGCGUCGGGAGGAGGGCGCCGCAGGGCCCGCUGCCCCCGAACUACGUGUGCCGGCGGUGCUGCAAGCCGGGGCACUUCAUCCAGGACUGUCCCACCAACAACGACUCGUCGUACGACAACACCCGACUGAAGAGGGUGGUCGGCAUCCCGACCUCGAUGAUCAAGCUCUCCGACGGGGACAGGCAGGGGGGCGGCCUCGUCAACGCGUCGGGGCAACUGGUGACGAUUCGGGCCAACGACCAGGCGUUUCGUAAGCUCAAGGAGUUCGGGGGCGGGCAGUCCGUCCAGGGGCUGCUCGACCGUCUGUCGGAAUCCGCCCCCAAGCACCUCAAGUGCCCGAUCUGCAGUAAGAUUAUGUCCGACGCAGUCAUCCUGCCGUGCUGCGCCAAGAGCACGUGCGACUCGUGCGUGAGGAGGGCCCUCAACGCCUCGGCCUCGAUGUCGUGCCCGCUCUGCCAAUCCCGCGGGGUCGGUCCCGACAGCCUGCUGCCGAACGAGUCGUUGAGAGCCGGUGUGGACGAGUACCUGACCCGAGUGACCCGCGAGAGCAGGGGCAAGGCCGGGAACGAGCGAGCGGCGUCGGAGAGGCUGCAGGAAGACGCCAACCGGCAGAAGAAGCAGGAAGAGGCGUCGGCGGCGGCCGGGACGUCAUCAGCGUCGGCUGCCGCAGGCGGAGGCGGCGGUGCCGGCGGCAGCAACAAGCGAAAACGUCUUCCCCAGAAGGGUGUGGACGCGAUUCUCGACCUAGAGCCGAGAGAGGAGGAGGAGGCGGCAGACGAAGAGGAGGACGAGGAAGACCCAUUCGGCAACGACGUUUACGACGUGCAAGCGCAGCCGCUAGAGGAGGAGGAGAAGAAGGAUGGACGGGACGGAGAAGAAGAGACCAAAAAGACGGGGGACGAAGGGGGCCAGCAGCAGCAGCAGCAGCAGCAGCAGCAGCAGCAGCAGCAGCGAGGAAACGAUGCCGGCAGCAACGACAACCAGGCAAUCUCGAACCGCGACUUCGGGAAUGGGGGCGGCGGCGGGAUGGGGCCGGACGGGCGACUGUACCAGCACCAGCACCAACAGGUCUAG